CUCGCUGUCACCCAUCGUCAGGCAGAGCGACACGUCAUUUCGGACUCCAAGCACGGAAGCGUGUGGUCCGCCGAUAGCUGCUGUCGUUCUCUACCAGGAUACCAUCAUUUAAGCGUAGACGUAGCUAGGACCUCGCCGAAAUGGGUGGCUUUUUCUCCAGUCUGUUCUCCGGCCUGUUCGGAACCCGGGAGAUGAGGAUCCUGAUUCUGGGACUCGACGGGGCUGGAAAAACGACCAUUCUGUACCGCCUGCAGGUCGGAGAAGUUGUGACAACCAUCCCAACUAUUGGUUUCAACGUGGAGACGGUGACAUACAAGAACCUAAAGUUCCAGGUGUGGGAUCUUGGUGGCCAGACCAGUAUCAGGCCGUACUGGCGGUGCUACUACUCCAAUACGGACGCCGUCAUCUACGUGGUGGACAGCAGUGACAGAGACCGCAUGGGCAUCUCCAAGUCUGAACUGGUUGCCAUGCUGGAGGAGGAGGAGUUGAAGAAGGCCAUCCUGGUGGUGUUUGCCAACAAGCAGGACAUGGAGCAGGCCAUGACGCCGACCGAGGUGGCCAACUCGCUGGGACUGCCCGCCCUCAAGGACCGCAAGUGGCAGAUCUUCAAGACCUCCGCCACCAAGGGCACUGGCCUCGACGAGGCCAUGGAAUGGCUAGUGGAAGCGUUGAAGAGUCGGCAGUAAGCGAACACUCACAGAUCACUCCUGUCCAACUCUUCCCACCUUGUAAAUACUCCUGAACUUUGACCUCCAGCAAAAAGACUCCUGAUUGGCUGCCCUUUGGACCAGUGACUGACUGCAAUCUUGCCUUCUCAUUCUCCGAAGGCAGCACCCUUUCUUUGCAUCCUUUAUUCUGGCAAACAUCCUCCCCUACACAAACACACACACACACACACACACGUACGUAUGCGUAUAAUACCCCCCUCCACACACAGUGUCAUCCGUAAUUUUGUGUGUGUGUGUGGUGGGAAGAGAAGAAUCAAUCCAAAGUGUUGCCUGCCGCCACCCCCUUCUUGCCGGCUGCUCCGAGACCAAUCGUCUCAGAGUUGGGAAUUUGAGCGCAGUUCUUGUCAAGUACAAGUCUUGUGGGAGGACUGGAGGAGACUGCACUCUGGUCAGUAGUGAGUGUCAUGCUGGACCUGUAAGAUGCUUGACCACCACCAACCCCAAAAUGAUGGACUUGCAAAUGGUGAACUCAAACCGCAGCUGUAGUUGUGUUGUUACUCUUUCAGUCCCUUUUCCUUUUUGCAAUGUCUCGUUUUCCUCUCAGCUUUUGUUUUGUUUUCUUAUUUGUUUUUAUUUCAAUUUUCUUUGUGCCGAUAUCUGAUCAAUAAUAAUCCAAAGCCCCUCCUCCGUUGUGAUUCCACUACAUCCUUUUUUUGUAACUAAAACUGAUUUGUGGGUUUUAUUGAUUGUUUAUUGAAUGAUCUUUUGUUUGGCUUGUGUAUUUUCUUGAUUUGGUUAAUUUGUCUUUUUUCCUCAUCUGCUUACAACUCCGAUUAGACUUGGAUGUUGCUGCCUUGACGAUAUCUAACUUUUUUGGUAUUUUAGUACUUAUCUAUUUAAAAAACAGAGUUAAUUGUCGUUUGUAUGCGAUGGAUUUGUAAUGGCCUAUUUAUAUGAGAAUGCACCGGUGUUGCUUCUUGCGGCUUCACCAACGGACUCAAACUCUACAGGCUAUGACGUUGCUGUAAUAAAACAAUGAUGUACA